AUGCUCAUCUCAAAUUUCCUUCUCUACUUGGCUUAUUUCCUUGUAAUCAUGGUUGCGGCAGUUACAGGACUCGACACAAAUUGGCAUGAUGCUCAUGCAACGUUCUACGGGGACAUGAAGGGUGGAGAAACCAUGCAAGGAGCUUGUGGCUACGGAGAUUUAUUCAGGCAAGGGUACGGCUUGGAAACAACUGCCCUAAGCACUGCCCUCUUCAACGAUGGCCAAGCUUGCGGAGCUUGUUUCGAGAUCGUAUGCGCCAACAAUCCUCAGUGGUGCAUCAAAGGGGCCGGGUCGAUUAUCGUGACUGCAACCAAUUUCUGCCCUCCGAACUACUCGAAGCCUAACGAUAACUGGUGCAACCCUCCACUGAAACACUUUGACCUCUCCAUGCCCAUGUUCACGAAGCUCGCCUACUACAAGGCUGGGAUCACCCCUGUCAAGUACCGGCGAACCCCGUGCAAGAAGCAGGGAGGGAUCAAGUUCGAGUUCAGGGGGAACCCGUACUGGACCCUUGUAUUGGUGUACAAUGUCGCCGGGGCUGGAGAUGUGACGAAUGUCAAGAUCAAGGGGUCAAAAACUGGCUGGAUUCAGAUGUCGCGGAACUGGGGCCAGAACUGGCAGACCGGGACCAUCCUGACGGGGCAAAGCCUAUCAUUCCAGUUGACCGACAGCGACCGGAAUACUGUUGAAAUCAACAACGUCGCCCCAUCGAACUGGCAAUUCGGCCAGAUUUAUGAUGGGCGGAAGAACUUCUAG